AGCAAACGCACGCGCAGCGCAGUCGAGAAGAGAAAGAAAUAAACGAAAAAAAGAAACAAAACAAAACCUACAGCUACAGCUACGUACGAAAGAAUUUGGAAUCUACUUGCUACGCGCUCCCACAAAAUUUGUAUAUCGCGCUGAGCUGAUAAGUAAACGCGUAAGAAAUCUGCUGGCGGCGACAGCGACAGCGGCGGCAGUGAGGCCAAAACAAUGGCAAUAACGGGCGCGUAAUUAACAGAGCCCAAACACACACAGCGACAAGUGAAUGAAAAUAGCGCAAAAAAACGACAACAAAAACAAAGUACACACUGGUGCUGUUGAAAAUUUCAGUGAAGAAGCAACCACUUGGCCAAUUCCCAGGCAGUGUCUCUCUCAGUUGCUGCUAUGCAACUGCUGCUCACAGCUGCUGCUAAUAGUACAUGUAUGUGUGUGUGUGUGUGCGUACGGAAAUGGCAAACAUGUUGUGAUGCAAAGUGAACGUGAACGUUUCAAGCGGGUUCAAGUGUAAAAAAUUCAUCAAAAAAGCGAACUAACUAAAACUAUUGCAACAUGGCCAGCAACAGCAGCCCCGAGAACAGUCCUACCCAACAGCAGCAGCUGAAUAACAGCGUGGAUAGCGGCAUUGCUGUCCUCGAUGUGGACACACAUGCGUUGAAGCUGCGUCAGCGACUGCAGCAAUGCCAGCGCAUAUUGCAGCUGCUGCAGCGCGAUCAGAGCUCUUAUCAGUUGCUGCGUGAGAGACUCAGCAAAAUCGUCGAUAAGAAGCAGCAAAAGUCGAAGCAAGUGGAAGCAGCAGAGUCGCUGCAUAGCUGCAAUGUCUGCUGUGCGGAGCUGGAUCUAAGCAGUGGCAAGAAUUACAUCACGUGUGGCACGUGUGGCAAGUUUGUGUGCCGCAACAUUAAGUGCGCCGCCUGGCGACCACAGCCAGCGCUCUGGGAGUGCGAGUUGUGCCAGAGCUCGAAGCAGUCGCUCGCCCACACCUCCUCCUGGGUGGCCGAGCAAAUGUCCUUCAAUCAGCACAAGUUUGUGUAUCCUCUGCGCGCACGCAGCGAAGUCUACAUACCCAUCAUAGGCGACAGCUCCAUGAACUUUGAGAGCGUCAGUCAGGUGGGCGCACAGAGCAUGAGCGUUGAUGAGCGCAGUCGCAUACGCGAAUAUGUUGAGGAAAUUGUUGCUGACAUACUGGGCAGCAAUCUGGAUCACAUCAAAGUGGGACAAUUAUCCAAAAGCGAGAACUAUCUGCAGUUAUUCGAUAAAUAUCAUGCGAAAUUAAGCAACCAGCUGAUCAAUCUGGAGAAUGCUUUGAGCGCUCGCGCGUUCAAGGAAGAUUUGCCAGCCAUUGUCAACGCCAACAAUAACAAUAACAACAUUAACAAUAACAACAACAACAGCAGCAGCACUGAGCUGGCUGAGACGCGCCUGCGCAGUCUAAUUGAGAGCAUCAUAGCGGAAACGCUGCGCUGCUCCAGCGCCUUGAGUGCCAGCGCUGCCGUCUCGGAGAUUAGUCUGGAUACGCGUGCUCAAGGCGAAGUGACACUGGCCAAGCGCCGCCAUCGCACCGAGCACUACUUUGAGCCACAAAUCUACCAGGAGCUGCUGGCCACAGCGGUGCUGAACAAGCUAGCGGAUAAGGAAGGCAAUAGCAGACUUAUAGCCGAAAGCACACCGGACUUGAGUGCUCACAACAUUGAUGAGAAUUACAAUGCCGAAGCGUUGAGCACUACGUCCGGCAGUUCCAUUGAACCACGCAGUGAUUGCAGCCUGACGGAUCAUGAGCUGCAACUUAAUUCCAAGCAGGAUGCCUUGCAUGAGAAUCUGCAGCCUGAUCUGGAGCGUGAGUCGGUCUUGAGUGACUAUAUAGCUGCUCACAUGGUGCCACUGCCAGACUUUUCAGCUUCCGUCACCGAAUCUGAGGAUGAAAUCAUGUCUAUGACCUCCAGCAUGAUGGGUGAAGGCACUUGGGAAGAUAAUUGGCUUUUCAAGAAGAAACGCAGCUCGGCCACGCCCAGCAGCAUUGGCAUGCUGGUGCCAGCGCCCAAGGAGCAUGUGCGCGCUCAAAUUGGCGACAGAACUGCCGAUGAGGUUAGCGAUCUGUCCGAAAUGGGCUCCGACGCCGAGGAGUCCUCGCUGGACAUGCUGCGCUGCAAUGAGCUCAACGAUCGCCUGUUGAGCAAGCACCUGAUUGGUGGACAGAAUACAAAACUUGUGCUCGACGAGCUGUUGGACAACAGCAGCCUAAACUCAAACACCCUACCUGGGGAGGGUGAGCCAGCUUAUGCUGAGACCAGCAACACGCUCGUCACACAGCCCACAGCAGCACUGACUAUAGAAACUGCAGCAGGCACAGAUUUUGGUGCACCACCGCCUCCCAUGAUUUUCCAAGAUGAAAAUGAAGAAAACGUUGAGCCCGUGCAGAAUCUAAUUGCAGAUCAAUUAAGUGCAGCCCAUAGGCAGAGCACUGAGAGCACACCGUCAACCUCGGAAGAGUUUUUCGGCAACGGUGAAGCAAGCGCGGCACAGGAGUUCAUUAGUUACAGCAGUAUGCAAAUGGCAGAGCGCCUGUCUAGUAGUACUAACUGUGAAAUAACAAAUACUAAAACAAACAGCCUUAAUACUGAUACUAACAAAGCACGUACUCUAAGACCCAAUGGUAAACUAACAAAUGGUUCAUUAAAAUGGUGCAACAAGUCGUUGAAUGACCUAGAGAAUGGCCAUAAUCUUGAAGUUGUUGAUGUUGAUGUUAAUGUUGAUGUUGAUGAUGCUGAGGAUGAUGUUGUCCUUUUACGACGUUUCGUGCCAGGUUCCAUAGCGGAGCGUGAGGUUAAGAAGUGGUACAAUGCUGUGGAAAUGCCCAACAAUCCAUAUGCGCCAGAGGCACUGAAGCAACGCAUUAGCGGCACACAGGAGCGCCUUAUGGACGUGCCCAACAUCAGUCCCAGUGCUGAGCAAAAGACCUUGGAGCUGCUGACCAAUGCUGGCAAGGAUGAGCCGGUUAGCCGUGUAGACGACUGCAAGCGCUACAGUCGUGACUAUUACAUCAACAGCACAGCAGCUAGCAAAUCCUCGCCCAGCAACAGCAGUAGGGACAGACACUCAGACUCCCCACAGGCCGAUCAGACCGAUGAGGACAUUGUCAUCAAUGAGGCAAACGCACCUGCAAAUGUUUUCAAAGCUGUGCCCGCUCAGGUGCUGGAUGAGAGCCACAGCAGCAUGGACACACAGUCGACGCCUUCGAUACAGUCACAAGCAACAACUAGCGAUGAUUCCGAUACGGUGCGUGUCUAUGAUUGCAAAAAUCAGCAGACAAAAAUAAUUAGGCCGGGGCCGGAACUUGAGCCUGAAGCUGAAACUGAACUCAGCUCCGGCAGCACGCCGUCUAUGGAGUCUGCGCAAAGUGAGCCCUCGCCCUCAAUCUGCUUGGACAACUCGCGUAAACGUGAGCGUCCUGUAGUAUUGCAGUUUGGUCCUGCAGACGCAGUGCCUACUGUUAGCUCCUCGCCUACAAUGACGCCCACGCGUGGCUCCACACCGCCUGCUUUCAGAUUUCUGCAGCCCAAGCGACGACUCAUAGAACCCAGUCAGGUCUUAUCUAUAGAUGAAGAUGAAGUGCCGCAAGAGCCCAGCACGCCGACUGAGAAGCAGCCAGCGAUUGAGAAGGAAGUUGCGCAUGCUAUGCCCUCGGUCAAGGCGCUGGCCAAGGCUUUCAUGCUGACCAACAAGCAUAUGCAGGCUGAAAGACGACUGCGUGCCAAGCAUGUCACACUGAUGGCACCUGACGAAGCUCCUCGUACUCCAAGUCCCACGCAGUCACGACGCCAAAUGCUGCAGCAUGCCGUCUCCAUGGCUGAGGUGGCCGAUGAAUCAACCAUAGCCUCUGAUUUAUCCUCGCUGGAAACCGAUCCCUCCUCGAACUCAGCAAGCUCCAGCAUACCCAUUGCCUCACCAGCAAGUCCAGUGCCUGUGCGUCGUGGUUUUCUACGUAGCAAUAUUGCUUUCUUUGAGAACUUAAAGUUUAAGUAAAUAUGUCGACUACGCUUUUAACAAAAGUUUCCAAUUGUUGUUUAUACCUUAAGCGGUAUACAAUACAAAUACAAUAGGGGAACCUACAAUGCUCACCAAAAUUAUAAACAAGUGCCAUGGUCGCCAUUUUAACCGAACAGAACAGUAUAUGCUAAUGAUAAACCAAGUACUUAAUUAUACUACAUGUAUAUAUAAUUACAAUUCUAUUUAUUACAAUAAAUAUC